UCUCUCUGUAAUCCCAGGAGUCUUCUCUCCAUAGCAACGCAUGAUGCUUGUGUUGGCAACCGAGAGCUGAGCCUGCUUAAGCAAGGUGCGACUUCUGCCGAAAUUUUAUCAUUCAGACCCGACAACAACUCUAAGUGUCCUCCUGCCUGAGAACUGAAUAUUAGGGUCUGACUUCUAGAUAUUAAAGGACGCUAGCGCAGUAAACGCGUGAUUUUUACGAUUUCUAAAUGUCUGCUGUGGUGUUGAAGUCCAAGAACACAGUUCCAGAAAGCGGAAAACAGCCGCCACCAGUUCUAAAGCACCUUAUUACCGACAGUGAUUUAGGGAUACGCGAGGGUGUUUCCUUGAGGCCUUUAGAACUUAACAAUGUAGUGAAUCUGAUAGAAGAUGCCUUUUCGUGCAAUUUAAAGGAGCGGCACCUAGUUGUUCUGAAAAAAGUUGUGAAAAAGUACCAAAAUGGCAUUCCAUUGAAGGAUUUAGUACAGAUGUUUAGAAUUGUAAACCUCUGUGCAGAAAAAAUAAAGGAACACCCUGACUAUCUUAAUCCAAUCUGUGAAAUUAUUAAAUUAUGUGGACUGCCUUUUUUAAAGGAAAAAUCAUCAGAUGAAAUGAAUUAUGCACAGAUCGUAACCGAAUCAAUCUCCCAAUUGGGUUAUCUGAUGAGAGUGCCCAGUGAUCAAGUGAGACUGCAAAUAUGUGAUACCAUUAUUGCAUUUUAUAAUCCGAAGACUCCAAAACAGCAAGUUGAAGGUUUCAUUCCAGCUAGCAACAGUUACAAACUGCAGAUGAUAGAAAGAAGUGGCUUGGCAGAAACUCUUGUGCUGUCCCUAGCAUUGCUUGAAACUCAGCUGGAGGUGAAGCUGCACGUGCUCCAUGCUUUGCAGAUGCUUUCUGGUUCUUCUGAAAUAAACUGCAAUCUAAUUCUAAAAGCUGAAGGAGCAAGUAAAAUUUGCUUGAGACUGAAUGAACAUGAUCCAUCUGGCCAGCUCCUAUUUCGUUCUUCUGAAAUCUUAUGGAACUUGUUAGAAAAAGGAUAUAGAGAGGAAAUCACUUUACAGCUUAGCAAUCCUGAUUGCAUAAGAACACUAAAGGAGGUAUUUUUACAUCAACUUUUACAUGGCUUCCGACGCUAUGAUCUACAACUGAGGAAUGAUUUACUUGUGAUAACAACAAUAAUUGCACAAAAUCCAAAGGCACCAAUGAUUGAAAGUGAAUUUGCAAAACUUCUCUCUUUCUUAGCAACAUUUCCUGAAGUGAAAAGCCAUAAUGCCCUUGCACGCAACAUAAAAAUAUCCUUUUGCCAUGAAGACUUUGAGAUGAAGAAACUUUUGUUCAACUUUCUAGUUAUUAUGGCGAAAGAUCUGUCAGCUAUUCAGUUAUUCAAGGAUAAUAAGGUGCUCUUGGCAUUGUUUCACUAUCUUAAUAAACAUGAAAAAAAAGGUGCCCAUGGCUGGUCUGCUGCCCAGCACGAGGAAUUGCAGCUUCAUGCUUUAGCUACAUUGACUACAAUUGCUCCUUUGCUAAUUGAAGACUAUACAACUUGUCAAGGAAACACACGCCUACUUAUUCUUCUUGAGUGGUGUGUUGGUCAAGAUACUUACACUGGUGAAGGGAACAGUUUUCAUGGAUGCGGUGUCCGUGGAAACAAGAAUGCACAUAUGCGGUACUGUGUAAGGCUUUUGAGAUCGAUGGUAUUUUUGGGAGAUACAGCCAUCAAUCAAGACCUCUGUGACCAAGGAGUGAUAAACAUUUUAACAGGUAUUCUUAUAAAAACUGCAGAGCAAUAUAAAGAGGAUGAUGCAAUUUCACUUGAACUGAAGGCUGACAUGUUGCUAAUUUUGUCUACGCUGUGUGAAAAUGAUCUCCACAGAAAAGAGCUGUUUGGUGGUGAUGGUGUGGAAAUAUUAAAGAAAUUAAUGAAAAUUGACCCUUCAACAUUCUACAGUGGAUUAGGUCACAAUAAGCUCAUUCUUGCAACCUUAGAUUGCAUUUGGUCCUGCAUUGUGGGGUGUUACACCAUAGAGGACGUUUUUUUGGAAAAAGAAGGUAUUUUCCUGCUUUUGGAUUUACUUGAAUCAGGACCAAAGAACAUGCACAUUGUACUUCUUGCUACUUUGCUUGAGCUUUGUGAUAAUCCCAAAACUAUUAAACACAUCAAUACAUGGAAAGGAAAAAAGGAUUUGACCGCAGCUGCUCUUCUGGUUUCCUUAUGGAGAGAUGAAGAAAAAGAAAUGGCAGUUCUACGAGAUGAGCAUGGACGAAUUGUUGAUUCCAAGAAACCCUUAUUGGGAUUGUAUCAAGAAAGUGAGCCAGUGAUGCCUCUGCCUGCAAAUAGUCCAAGUCCUGCUGUCAUGGAUGUUUCUGAGAACAUGAGAGCAAAGAUUUAUUCAAUCUUGUCAAAAAUGGGAUUCGAAAAUUUGCCUGGUCUAUCAACACAUGAUUAUAUUACACUUGCUAUCAUAAGUCGUUACAUGGAUUUUAAGGUAGGAGAAAUAUGGCAUGAGAUUUCAAGUGAGCUUAAGGAAGAAGGUAUAAGGCCAACUACACCUGACUUGAAAGAUUUAGAAACAAUAGAACACAUCACAGAAGAAGUGGGAGAAAAGGUCAUAAUACUGCAGGCUGACAUUCUAGAAAAUCAACAGCAAAAAGACAUCCAAGAUGAGCAGCAGAUGUAUGCUGAGAUACGCAACAACUACAAGCAAAGAGAAAUAGCUGUUAAAACAUGGGAACAAUAUUUAGCAAGAACAUCACAUUAUGAAGUAUUAAAGAAUUUUAAACAGAUUCAGGAUGAGUCCAUUGAGUUAUCAAAGCCAAAGAUAAUGCAGCAAGAUUCCUUGUUUCAUGCUACAAUUAUUCCUGGUCCCACUACAACAACAUUCUGUGGUCGUCAUGUGGCAGUGGAAAGCACACCAGCCGAGCUUACAGGAGGACCCUUGGCAAACACAGACCUUGCACUGGAACGGGCCUCAAUCAGAGGGGGUGCCUUACAGAAAACUAAGGCUGCAAAAGACCUGGAUCAGUUUCAGAUCAGUUCAGUGUCUGUAAAGUAGACUAUUUUUGGUCAUCUAACAUGGCUUUUUUUGUAUUUUUUGUUAAUAAAGACAAGAAUGUAUAUCAUCA